AGCGUCUCCGAGGACGUCCUCGCGGCGGCCCCCACCUCGUACGACGACGCCGCGGCCAUCGAAGCCCAGGCCGCGGAGGCCGAGGACGUUUUUGCGGCCGUGUUAGAUGAUGACGACGCCAUCGACGAUGACGACGCGCCGCUCGACGCCUUUGACGUGACGGAAGAGGACCCGUUCGAGUUGGGGGCGGCGCGCAUGGCCGCACGCGAACACGAUGAACACGAGCUGGACGGUUUUGAGAUCGGCGCCGGUUUACUCAUUGACGAUGACCAGGAGGUCUCGGAGACGAAUCAAAGACCCGGCGCGAACGUCCGGAGGACUGUUUUAACUGGUGAGGAAGCGAGGCGGGCGCACGCGGAAAUGUUGCAUGAACGCCGGCCGCGGCGCGAGUGCGCGACGACCAGCACAACAACCACCACAACAGUAGAGGAGGAUGAGGAGGAGGAACCCGUAGUGAAGCCUACGGCGAUCAAGAGAAGACGUAGGAAGCCCGUCGUGGACCCGCCGACGGCCUGGGCUAGUCGUGCAACGUUACCGCUCUGGGUCGUCUGGUGCCGCUGCGGUUUGAAGGCCUGCAACGCCAAUUCGAGGGAGGAGGAGAUGUGGCAGUGCGACCGGUGCCACUGCUGGCGGCACGCGCGGUGCUGCAAAGGGGAGUCUCCGGGCGACUGCGGGUGCGGUCGAGGCGACGCGGCUCGAAGAGUGGCUCUCGCGAAAGCUUCUUGUGAGUCCAAGGAAGACCGCCCUCUAGCGGAUGCGCUAGUCAUCAGGCAGCGGCUCGCGGCCGUGUGCGCCAUAUCCGAGCGCUCUCCGGGUCUGCUACCUUCGGAGGUCGUAAGGUCGUUCGGCAAGUGCUGGUUGAAUGCGGACGCGCUCGCGAAGACUAUACUCCAUAGAAACGGCAAUCUAGAAGCGUCUUCCGUCAUCGCGGUGAUAAACGUGCGGAAGGCGGCGGACGAGCUGCGAUCUUCACUCCAGCAAGCGCGAAGGGUGGUCCGAGGCGAUGCGCGGGCCGUCGCGGCGGUUGCCGCGGCGGCGAGGCAGCUGCCGUCGUCCGAGGACCGGGCGUCCUUCAACGAGCACGCCCGAGCGCUCUUUGAUAGAUUGGGCAGCGUCGAGGCCCGCCUGAAGAGACUCGUCGAGGGCAGGCCCGUCGUGCAGGUCGAGGACGAUGUUGCGGUGGUAGCUUCGUUCGACUUUGCGCACACGGCCGGUUCGGUUUUAGAUUCCGACCGGUGGUGCCCAGCUCAAGGUUCUCGUUCCAUCGGCGCGGACGCGACAUACAAGCGACCGGGGUGUUCUGACUACCUCAUUAUACGCGCUAGAAAGGACCACCAAAUCCAGUAUUCGGGGCCUCCUCGCAUAAUAGCGAGGGGUUUCGGCGACGCUUCUGUGGAUGUCGUGGCCGUCGACGCCGAUGGGCGCGCGCGGGCGGCGUGCGGGCUGGCUCCGAUUCAAGUCGGCGUGCUAGCUUGUACGCGACUGGUCGAGGCGGAGGACGAUGUUUUAUUGGACGUGGUCCUGCCGGCGACGCAUCGGUUGGCGCGGCAACUCGGAGCGAAAGUCGUCGCCGCGGCGCAAGGCCCCUGGCCCGAUCACUUGCCCUUCUCGCCCGGGACCUACAAGGCGCCCAAAGGUAGUACAUCGUUAACGCUCGACGACCUCGAUGCCGAGGAAUCGGACGAGGAGGAGUCUUCGGACGAGAGCGAGGCCGAGGCGCUUCCGGUCCGACCGUCGUGGGGCUCGGCGUGGAAACAACCGAUCGAUGGCGUGAAGGCUGACGGAGGACUCACUGGUUGCCUUCCACGCAGGUCGAAAGGAGGCCGCGAACCGCCGAGGAAGCGGAGCGCGCCGCCGCCACGCAAGGGCGCCUUCCCGUCGGCCUGGGACUACCAAGUAAAACCCCCACCGCCGAAGAAGAAGCCGCCGCCCGUUAUCAUCAGGCACACGCGGCCGCCGCCGCCCCCCAAACCGCCCGUCGUCAAGGUGUCCAAGGACGGCGUUGUUACUAGAGAUAACCGAGAAGACGAGUCCCAGCGGACGCACCGGCGCUAUUUAUUAUUAGCGGCGUUGGGCGGCUCGCAGCACGCGUCGGCGACGAAGGUCGCCGCCGCUUUAGAAUCGCGCGUCUGGACGGCCUGCCCCGCUUCAUUGAGAGGGGCCUGCGUCGAGCGAUUGGCGGAGUGCCUCGCGAAGAAACGUAGUGCGCGCGACGCUUUGCUGAGUGGCCAAGUGGCGCCGGCCGACGCGGUCGCUGAGGCCGCAAGGAGGGCCGCGAAGCGCAAGCCCGUCGUCCAGGCGCCUCCGCCGCCUGUCGUGAAGAAGCGGCCGAAACCGGAGGCGCCCCCGCCGGUGCGCGUCGAGCAGCGCGUCGCCGAGGCGGCGAAAAGGCCUUUACCUGUCCAAUCAUCAGCAUCAGCAACGGUAAAGCCGCCGGACGCCUGGGCCGCGCUGACCGUCGCGGCGCCACCUGCGGCGACGCCGUCGCCGCCGGCGCCACAGCCGCCUCAACAGCCGCGCGCGCCGCCGCCGCCCACGGAAGCCUCCUUCGCGCGCGAGAUGAAACGGGCGGUGGCGUCCUUUUUAGGAUUGCACUUCGAGCGCGGCCGUAUUUCAUCAGACGCCAUGGCCCGGUUAGGACCGAAGCUCGCCAAGGCGCUCGUCGCGAAGCACGCUUCUCGGUCUUCGGACUUUGCGUUCACGGACAAGGUCCGGUCGAAGGUGCGGAAGUACGUCGACGAGUAUGUGGAAAGGAAGGGGGCGGAGCUGCGGCGGUAGCGCGUGUGUAAUUUGUUGUCAGUUUG